AUGCGGUUUGCUUCUGUGAUCAUGUCAGUCACCGCCGCUUCGGCCGCAGUCAUCAGCAGACAGGAUGCGCCCCCCUCCACCGCCAAGGUCUUGAUUGGUGCCCCUGGGACAAUUGCUGUUGCCGACUUUGACGGCAAGGAGUUCAAGAUCGUUGCCAACGACUCCCGGCCUGGCACCGGUCCCAGCUGGAUGGCGUUUAAGGAGCCUAAUCUCAUCUACGCCGUUGACGAGAACUCGAACAGCACACGUUUGUUCAACUUCAACACUGCUACAAAUGAGCUUAAUCUUGUCCAGGCUGCCAACGGCUCGGCUGGUGUUGUAUCCCUCGAGUUCAAUGCUGACAAGACCCGUCUCGUGGGCGCUUCCUUCGGCCAAGGCACUGUAGAUGUCUGGGACAUCUCUGAGGCGAGCUCCCUCAAGCUCCUGAAGCAAAUCACCCUCGGUGGCACUGUCGGCCCCAACAAGGCUCGCCAGGACCAGUCGCGCGCCCACCAGGCUGUCCUUGACCCCUCCGGUCGCUUCUUCGCCAUCAACGAUCUCGGCACCGACAGCGUCGUCAUUAUCGACUCCAAGGAUGACGCCUACGAGAUUACCUCUCGCAACAGCGUCGGCACUGCUGGCUGCGGUCCCCGGCACGGCGCCUGGUACCCUCCCAAAGCCGACAAGCCGUUGGCCUAUAUCGUCGCUUGCGAGCUGACCAACACCCUCGAGGUCUUGUCCGUCUCCAACAACGGUUCCUCCAUCUCCCUCAUCCGCACCCAGGAGCUCAGCACCUACGGCGAGGCCUUCCCCCCGGCCAACGCCACCAGCGCCGCGGCCGGUGAAAUCGUCAUCUCGGGAGACGGCAAGGACGUCUACGUCUCCAACCGUCUCACCGGCAACGCGACUGACUCCAUCUCCCACUUCAAGAUCACGCAGCAGGCAGCCAAGGCCGGUUCCCCCUGCAAGGCGGCCGGCGGUGGCAUCACACUCGAGUUCGUCGAGGCCAUCUCCUCUGGCGGCCAGAUCCCACGCAUGUUCAGCCUGUCCACAGACGACAAGACGCUCUUCUCCACGAACCAGCAGGGAGACGGCGCUCUUGGCUUGUUGGCGCUCAACCGUGCCCCCGAUGCGGGCAAGCUGACUGCGACCGCCGUGGCGUCCCUGCCCGUGACGCUCUUCGGACCUGAGGGCUUUGGACCCCAGUUUGUCAAGCAGAUUGUCUGA